GAUCUAGAUCGGUAUUUCCGCAAAUACAAUAGAGUCAAUUGUUAUUGUUGAUGGGGGCAGAUCUUCAAAGUUUUUUACCUAUUUUUAUCAAUUCAUUCAUUCAGCACAUUGGGGAAGAAGUUUAGCUGCCUUUCUCUAAGAUCCAGGGCGUUGACGUCCAACAUGCAGUAUAGCUAAAACCUCUCCAUUGCCUGUUUGUUGAGAAAUCAGUACUUCUGUAACUCAUAGACACCAAAGUAAUACAAUGACUAAAUUGUGAAGACUGACUACUGAAAGAUUGAAAAUCUUUUGAUCUAGUGACUUUAGACGCUAGACUCUACUUUAGGUCUAGAAUAGUCUAGUCAUCUAGAUCAAGAUCUAGUUCAGAUCUAUUCAUCUAGAUCGGCAUCAGGAUCUAAGACAACAAUGUCUACAAAGAAAAAAGCAGACUUAAAAGUUAUAAUCUUGGGAGAUUAUAAUGUGGGCAAGACAUCAUUAAUAUGUCGUUACAUUGAUGGAACAUUUCGCCCUAAAGAUCCAACUGUUGGAGCAGCUUUUUUCUUAAAACAAUGGGGACCACACAAUGUUGCUGUCUGGGACACAGCUGGAGAUGAGCGAUACUCAGGGCUUUCACAUUUCUACUGCAGAGGUGCAGGGGCAGCCAUUUUGGCCUUUGACUUAAACUCCUCACAGACAUUUGAAUCUUUAUGGGCUCGUUUCGGCUCCAUUCUAGAGGCAGCCAAUGAAGACUGCCUGAAAGUUGUGGUCGGCACAAAAAUGGACCUUUUGGACCAGAGCAAUCGAGACAUUACUCCAGAGGAAGGGAAGAAGUUGGCCAGGGAGCUCAACGAGCACCUGGAUUUCAAGAAAAUGCCACACGAACCUUAUUUUGAGACCUCGAGCCUAACCAACCAAAACGUGGAUGAAGUUUUUCAGUUUAUAUUUCAGUACUGUCUGCCACUGAGUGCGGAGCAAAAGAAAAAAUAUGGAAAGGGAAGUGUUAUUGACUUGAUAGAAAAUAGUGAUGAGCACAAAAGCACUAGAAGAUGCUGCUAACUUAUGCCUUCUUAGAAAACAUUUUUUUUAAACUUCACUAGCAUGAUGGGAGAUUAAAAUUUUACUAGCAUGAUGGGAGAUUAAAAUUCUCAAGGUUGAUUCAAGGGAGAUCAUAUAUUUUCUUGUGCCAUUAAACAAUUCAUCUCACCUAUACAGCACUUGACAAUGAACAACACAUGAUUUUUUAAACAAUGUUUAAAUGUAAAUAGACUAAACUUCCUUUGUAUUUUUUUAUCUUACAUUGUUUGUUACAGUUUGUGAUAUUUUUGUUACAAUUUUAUUGAUCCCAUCAUCUUGAAGGCUGUUUCACUUUUGAAAUAAAUAAUUUGUAGGAAGUAGUUUUACAAGUGCGUCUGCACUCUAGAUACCUGGUCCUUUAUUCUGUGUCCAUUUAUCAUUUAGAUGAUGAUGGUUUAGAUUUGUUAAGUUAAAUAAUAAAAAAAAUGUGAGAUUUUUUUAAACUUAAAGAGUAUUCAGAGAUAGAAUAUUGCAUCUAACCUUUAACAAUAUAGUGGGGGUGGGAUAAAUCUCCUAUGCAUUUACUCUAUGUUAUGUUUGACUAAAUGGCUUUGUUUAAAGUUUGAAUGUAAUUUUUGUUUAAGCAGACUCAAAUGUACGCUUUCAUUUUAGUUACUAUAAUACUGCAAAUGUUGGCUUUCUUGGGAGUAUGUUUUCUUUGUAUAACUACUUGAUUUAAUUUAAUUUUUUUUUGUGUUAUUCUGCAUUAACUCCCCUUUUUUGACCCCACACCCUCUUGUUGAUUAUUCUAAUUUCAAUAUUCAAUGUGAUAAUUGGCUGUUAUCUUUAAAUGAAAUAUGUUGUUAGUGGUCACCUCUGUGGUUAUUUCUAUCUUUCAGUACAUUGGAAUAUUUUUUUUUCAGAAAAUUCAAUGCUUCGCCUUAUAUAUGUAUUAAGAAGAAAAAAAAAGUUCAUCACAACUAUGCAUUUCAAUAAAUCUGGCCACUUAAAACUAAUUGACAAACAGCAAUCUAAAAAGUUCUUAAUGAUAACUUGUUGUUUUUUUUUGUGUUGUUGGGAAGCCUUAUCCAGUUGUAAACAGAUAUAGUGCAUUACCUCUUUAUCUGAACAUAGCUCCAAUAUUUGUUUGUGAUAAGAUUGGAAUAGUUUAGCUGAGAAUUUUGUUACUGAUUGUUGACAUUCAUUAUUAUAUGAAUACUAAAUUGCAAUCUAUUAAAUGUUUGUUAAUAUGUUGUAUUUUAUUUAAAUGUUAAAAAGUUUUACAAGAAAAAAAAAUGAUAUGCAUUUAAGUUAAGAUAAACUUUUGAAAAGGUUCCUGCACCAAAGUCAAUAGUUAACAAACAGUCUUCCAGAAGAAUUAAUUCCAAACAAAAUGUCUACAUUUUAAGAAGUGACCAGAUUAAAUUUUUUUGAAGUGUGCUUAGCUGCUUGAAUUGUUAUGUUACUAUCUAAUUAAUAAAGAUUGCAAAGAAACAAUACUUUUGUCCUGGCUUUCCCAUAUUCCGUAUUUCGCGCUCAUAACCCGCAGGUUAUACAAGUUUUUAUAAAUAAUUGGCAGCUGUGGGGGUUAUACAAAAUUUAUUUAACUCAUAUCAUAAACAUAGCACGACGAAAACUAUGGACAUACCGGUGGGAAUUUAUGCCUUUUAUAGUUCACUGUGUACAGAUAUGACCAUAGGCUCGUAUUUCACACGUUUCAUUAUAUGUUAGAGAAACAGCUGAAGCACGAUUGCAUUUCAAGAGACACAUUUGAUGAGUAACAACUUAAUGUGCGGGUAAUUUACGCGCAAGUCACGCUUUGCACAUGCGGGUUAUAUGAUUUUGUUUUUGCUUAUUGAGUAAUUUGUGUUGGGUAUACAUGUGUGCAGGUUAUAGUCAUGAAAAUAUGGUACUAUGAAGUGUUUUCUGUAAUUUUUUUUUUUUUUUUUUUUUUUUUUUUAGUGGUUAUUGGAAAUCCAAAACAUAUCUUUCCAUCCUGGAGUUUUAGUUGACUGAGAGAAAAUCUUGAAACAGUAUGGGGGAGUUUUUGUUUGUUUUCAUUUGUACCUCAGUAGAGACAUUAGAAAUAUAUUAAAUGUUUUGUAUAAAUAAAUACUUAUUUACAGACAGUACAGUUUAAAAAAAAGAUAUAUAUCACCAACAUUAUCAUUCACAAUUUAUAAAUGAGUUAUUAUCUUUCUAUUGUGUAUAUAAAUCUAGUAAUGCUGCUUGUAUACAUUUGUCUUGUUCUCACCGACAGAACUAAUGCAUCCUAGUCAUUGUAUUAGCUUUCUGACAUUCCAUUUUGUUUUCUCAGUUUUUAGAAAUGGCAUUACCAUUUGAUAUGGCCUGAGAAUAAAACAAGAAACUUAAAAAAAAAAGAAAACCAAGCAUAAUAGGAAUGUUUCAAUCAGUGGUUCUCACAUCUGAUAUAAAUCUGAUACAAUGAAGAUGACAUCUAUUAUUAUUUGAGUUCCAUUAAACCUUAAUUACUGUCAAUGCAUUUUAUAGUCAGAAAAAAAACACUCUGCUAUUAUGUAGAAUUCGUUUUGUUUUCCUUGGCUUGAAAAUGAGAUUUUUUUUUUUCAGACGUUUUUUUAAAAUAUAAUAUGCCUAAAUAUUUUAAGUAAGUUUUUUUUCCUCAGCUCAGAGCUAAAUUUUUCUUGGCAAAUAAAAAUAGAAGGUUAAUUAUUGAAGCCAAAAUCUUAAUCUUGGCUGUCUUGAUCUGCCAAUGUUUCUGGACAGAAUGGGGGUAAAAGUACCAUUCUUUGGAGCAGGCCUUUUCAAAUGCGCUACAUUUUCAUUGUGGGAUAUUAUUUCUGCUCAUGUACAGAAUCAAUUUGGUUUGCUAAUCAAUUGAAGCCAUUCUAAAUGUGUAAUAUUUUGAUUAAUAUUGCAACACUGCUGAAAUUUUAAAAUAUUUAUUCCAAUGCUGUAACUUGCUUUAGUUUAAUAUAGAAAGACUUAUUUUAUUAUUAUUUACAUGUCUUUCAUUUCAUUAUCUAAUAUGCUAGGACUACUACGUACAAGCUUUCCUUGCUGUCUUUACGUUUGGAAUCCGAAUGAGUUGCCUUCCCAUUAAGGCAUUUUGUAAUAAUCAAAUAGAUAUGCAGUAGAUAAAUAAUCUAAUUUCUAUAAAUCACACAAUUUAAGGAUCUUUACUGUUAAUGUGAUUAACUUUUGAGCCAAAUUUUUUCUCAUCGUCUUUGUCACAGUUCAGUGUUUUUAAACAGUGAGGUUCUAACCAACUGUAAAUACACAAAAAGUCUAAGCUGUCAUAUCUCUGUUUCUUUCUUUUUCAUUGGGUCAGCUUAGACUGUCCUUCUAAUCUGUAGCAGUAAUGUUCUUAACAGUUCAGCUUUGUUCAUUUUAUAACAAAGUUAUGGAGUAUAAACUGUAAAGUAAGUUUUCAUUAUUUUUUUGUUGUUAUUUACUGAAAAAAAAUAAUUUUGCUUGAGAGUUUCAAUGUUCAGAAGCUUUAAUAAGAAAACAGUGUACAUUGUUCAUUUUUAAACACAUUUUCUAUAUAUAUAUUAAAUUGUAUCAUAGAAGUUAUAUUUUUGACACAUUUAUAGUACUUAUUUAUUUUUUGUUUCACUUUCAAUUAUUGUUUGUCACUUGUUUUUCUUUAAAGCCUGAUGGAAAAAGUUUUGUUUUUGUUGUUCCUUGUUAAAGUUCAGAAAAAGUAAAAAAAAAAAAGUGUGUAGGCUACAACAAAACAGGUCACCAUUUUUGACUUAUUGAAGCUACAACCGAUAUGUUACCAACAAAUAGAAUGCCUGUUAUUGUUGUCUUCUUUGACUUUGAUUUACAUGUGCAGUCGAAGGCAUUACACAUUUUGUGAUUGUCAUUUCGUUUUUGUCAUGAUGUCCUAAUUAUAUUUUUAGAUUGACCAAUAAGUUGUGUCUAUAAAAAUGUAACAGCCUAGAGAUUUUAUAAGACAUUCCUAAAGAUUUUUUGUUUGUUUCCUUUGAAAUUUAAAAGUAUUUUAAUAUAACGUUGCUAUGUCUUUUGAAAACCUUUUCUGCCUGUGAACUUUUUUAUUUUUAAUGAAGUCACAAUCUAUUGUUUCUAUUAUUUCAUCUAAACAUUCUAUUCCAAAUUUUUAAAAAUCCUAACAUAUACAUUUACUUUAAAACUUAAUAUAUUUUGUAUCAUGCAUUUAUGAAGAUAAUAUCUAGAUAUUAAUAAAUGUGCUGAUAUUGAGACUGUUAAA